AUGGCUGCCAAGAUGCGAAAGGCCAAAGUCAGUAUUGCCAUUGAUCUCCAGCAGUCCCGACUCGACCUGGCAUCGCAACUGGGUGCCACGCAUACCCUCCUCGGAAACGACCCCGAAAUCAUCUCCAAGAUUGGAGAAUUCGCCCCUCCCAACGGGGUCAACUAUGCCGUGGACUGCACUGGGGUUCCUGCUGUUAUCGAGACCAUGAUUCAGGCUCUCGGGAGCCGUGGCCACGCGGCGUCUGUGGGAGCACCGACUGCCCAGAUGCUUCGCAAUGCGCAACCAAACGACUCAAGAAACCGUCUCGGCCCACUUCUCCGCGCCCCGGAAUCAAAAAGUUGGGGUGGUUGCGGGUGA